AUGCGAAACAAACUGCAGACGGACGGUCAAGGAAACGUGGGGGCUUCGCCGAGCCCGGGAAGCAGCGUCCACGUCUCGUCGCCACCAUACACGACAACCGGAGUCAGCAGCGGCUUCUUCAGAACAUGCGCCUCCAGGUUGCCCAGGACCAGGUCCGCCAUGGCCUGGCGCGUCUCGUGCGUCCCGCUCCCCACGUGGGGCACCAGCACGACGUUGUCGAGCGUGAACAGCGCCUCAGGCACGUUGGGCUCGUCCUCGAACACGUCGAGGCCCGCCCCGCCGAGGCGCCCCUCGACGAGCGCCGAGACCAGCUCGGGUUCGUCAACAUGAGGGCCGCGCCCAAUGUUGAUGAGCACCCUUGGGACCCAGCGCCUCAAUCACCUCACGGUUGACGAUGUGCCGGGUCUGCUCGUUCAGCGGGCAGGCCACCACAAGGAUGUCGCUGUUUGCCGCCAGUUCGACCACGCUCGGGUAAUAGGUGUAGCUGGGGUAGUCUUUCUUUGUUCUCUGGUAGUAGUUGACUGGGCAAUCAAAGGCCUCCACUCGGGUGGCAAUGGCAAGCCCUAUCCUGCCCAGCCCGAUGAUGCCCACCCUCUUGCCACUGAACUGCAACAGGAUAAACAAAAUCUAUGA